UCAAGGCUCCGGAGUGGAGCGCGGAAAACAGCGACUGGGAGGACGAGCGAGCGGGGCGACCAGCCGGCGGGCUGGGGGAGGGGAGGCGGGGGGAGGCGGCCCAGUGGGCCUCUGGAGUGAGUGUGUGUGUCUGUGUCUGUAUCAGUGCGAGUGUGUGUGUGUGUGUGUGUGUGUCUGGCGCCUGUCCAGGGUGAUUUCCCAUAAACCACAUGCCCCGCUAGCCCGCUUAAAAGGCUGUGCCGAGGGCUGGCCAGUGGAGCUCGGCCCCAGGGAAAGUGAAAGUUUGCCUGGGUCCUCUCGGCGCCGCCGCCGCGCUCUCUGCAUCCCGGGACAGCGGCGCGGCCCUGGGCCGGGCGCCGACUCUGCAGCGGCCAGCGAGCGAGCGAGCGAGCGAGGGCGGCCGACGCGCCCGGCCGGGACCCAGCUGCCCGUAUGACCGCGCCGGGCGCCGCCGGGCGCUGCCCUUCCACGACAUGGCUGGGCUCCCUGCUGUUGGUGGUCUGUCUCCUGGUGAGCGGGAAUAUUAUCGAAGGGGAGUCAGAGCACUGUAGCCACAUGAUUGGAGACGGACACCUGGAUUCUCUGCAGAAGCUGAUUGAUAGUCAGAUGGAGACCUCGUGCCAAAUUGCCUUUGAGUUUGUAGACCUGGAGCAGUUGAAAGAUCCCGUGUGCUAUCUUAAGAAGGCAUUUCUCUUGGUGCAAGACAUAAUGGAGGACACCAUGCGCUUCAAAGACAACACCUCCAGUGCCAAAGUCGUUGAGCGGCUGCAGGAACUCUCUUUGAGGCUGAAGAGCUGCUUCACCAAGGACUAUGAAGAGCAUGACAAGGCCUGUGUCCGAACUUUCUAUGAGACACCUCUCCAGUUGCUGGAGAAGAUCAAGAAUGUUUUUAAUGAAACAAAGAAUCUCCUUAAAAAGGACUGGAAUAUUUUCAGCAAGAACUGCAGCAACAACUUUGCUAAAUGCUCCAGCCAAGAUGUGGUGACCAAGCCUGAUUGCAACUGCCUGUACCCCAAAGCCACCCCUAGCAGUGACCUGGCCUCUGUCUCCCCCCACCAGCCCCUGACCCCCUCCAUGGCCCCUAUGGCUGGCUUGACCUGGGCUGACUCUGAGGGGACAGAGGGCAGCUCCCUCUCGCCCAAUGAGCAGCCCCUUCGCACAGUGGACCCAGACAGUGCCAAGCAGAGACCACCCAGGAGCACCUGCCAGAGCCUUGAGUCACCAGAGACUGCAGGUGUCCAGGACGGCACCACUGAUGGUUCACCACGCCCUGGUCCCUCUGCUGGGGGCCCCACCCCUGGGAUGGAGGACGUCCUGGACUCUGUGUUGGGCACUAACUGGGCCUUGGAAGAGGCCUCUGGAGAGGCUAGUGAGGGUCUCGUACCCCAAGGGCCAGCACUUUCCCCCUCCAGGCCAGAAGGGGGCAGCAUUCAGGCAGAGACCGCCAGACCCAGCGACCUCCUCCCAGCACCUUCUCCACUCCCUGCAUCUGCGAAGGACCAGCGGCCAGCAGAUGCACCUGGCACCGCCUUGCCCAAGCUGGGCCCUGUGGGGCACACUGGCCGGGCCUGGAACCCCACCCCUGAGAAGACAGAUGGCUCGUCUGCCCUGCCCGGAGACCCCCAGGAGCCGAGCUCUCCCAGGACCUCAGCACUGCGCCCCGAAGGCCCCAGCAGCCCCCGCAGGCUCCGUGCUCAGCUAAGGCUCCCCGGAACCCACUCCUGGAACAGUGUGCUGGCCCGCGGGGGCCUGGAGGGCAGGAGGAGCACCAGGGACCGGAGGAGCCCCACAGAGCUGGAAGGAGGAGGAGCAAGUGAGGGGGCGGCCCAGCCCCCUGCCCAUUUUAACUCCGUUCCUUUGACUGACACAGGCCAUGAGCGGCAGCCCGUGGGAUCGCCCGGCCCCCAGCUUCGCGGGUUUGCCUUCCGCCUGCUGGUGCCCGGCAUCAUCCUGGUCUUGCUGGCUGUCGGCGGCCUCCUGUUCUACAGGCGGCGGCGGCGGAGCCAUCAAGAGCCUCAGACAGUAGAUUCUCCCAUGGAGCGGCCAGAGGGAAGUCCCCUGACCCAGGAUGAGGACAGACAGGUGGAACUACCAGUGUAGAGGGAAUUCUAAGACCCCUCACCAUCCUGGACACACUCGUUUGUCAAUGUCCCUCUGAAAAUGUGGCGCCCAGCCCUGGACACAGUACUCCAGAUGUUGUCUGACCAGCUCAGAGUACAGUGGGACUGUUACCUUCCUUGAUCUGGACAGUAUUCUUCUAUCAUGCAGAUUGAGAGAUUGCAUUAGUUUUUUUUAACAAUCGCAUCAUACUGUUGUCAUAUGUUGAGCUUGUGGUCUGUUAAAACCCCUAGUUCCAUUUCCCAUAAACCUCUGUCAAGCCAGGACUUCCCUAACCUGUACUUGGACAACUUCACUUUUUUAACCGAAAAAGUGCAGGAGUUUAUAUUCACCUUGUUAAAACUGCCUUGUUGGUCUCUGCCCAUCACUAGAGCCUACUGAAGUUGUUUUAAAUCCUAGCUCUGUCAUCUUCGUAGCCCUCACAACGGUGUCUCCUGCACACUGAUGAGUGCCUUCAGUUGUCCUUGCCCACACUGUUGACAAGAUGUGACCCUUACUUCUCACCCCAGCGCCACACCCCAACUGGCCCAUGCCCUCCUCCCUCCCCUGCAAGCCCACAAUCAGCCCAUGAUGAAGCCUUCCAGAUUUCUCCACACCCCUCUGGCUACUCCUUUAGUUCAUGCCCCUUCUGCUCUUUUGUAUUUGCUUAAUACUAUAUUGAUUUGCACUUAUUUGGAUGUUGUUUUUAUAUAUUUUUAAAUCUUAUUUUGUAUGUACGUGUACAUUCUAUACCCUUAACAAGAUUGUAAGCCCCUUGAGGGCAGGGACCGCCUCCCACUUUUUUGCUUUUCUUUUUCCAUCCUAGGUUCCUCUACAGAGAGGGCCUCUCCACACUUGCCAAAAAUUCAAUAAAUGUUGACUAGCUGCUUAGGGCUGACUCACCAACGCACCCUGGCCAGCUGUCUCUAACUGACCAGCCUCGGGCUGACCCAUUAACCAGCUAACUAAUCAACCGACUGACUAGCUGACCAGCUGUUUGUUGUGACUCUGACUAACAAACCGACUAGCUGGUAGCUGCCUCACUGGCUGGUUGUUGACUGGUGAGCUGAUUGGCUAAAUGACUAGCUGGCCGGUUGCCUGACUGAUUUGCUGAUUGACUUGUUGGCCAACUAACUGGGGUGACCCAUUCAAGUUUCCAGUCACACCCCUUAUCAGAUGCAAGUGAGCGCCUUAGGGCCUUCCCAUGUGUGGAGUGACAGGUCUGGGCCCCUCCUAGAGAGGCAGGGGGUUUGGCAAAUGCACAAGACCAGAGCAGCCUAUUUGGGAAAGAGCUAGCAGUAAGAGCACAUCUGGUGUCAGGGGGUCAUCCCUGUCAUAGGGUGGGCUAAGAUGGGUGAGUGGGUAACUGCGGCAUGGCAGAGUGGUGAAAUGGCCUAGACCACCUCAGGACCAUUGGCUCAGCGCUGCACCACCCUCUCCCCAGUCGCCAGAAACUGCCCACCACCAUGGUCUUGGCAUCCCUCUGCCCCGUCCCUCUGCACUCCCACUCUCCUUUCUCUGCUUGGCUGUUCCCAGGCCCAUCCUGAGCUUCCUCUUCCUCCCCUCAAGAGUCCACUUGCAGAGGGACCCACUUGCUCCAGUGGGUCCAGCCCUAAGGCGGUCCCCAGGCCAGGCCCCAGGAGCCCCUGAGAGACUGAAUGACAGCUCCUAGACUGUUGCUCUGAUGAGAAAUGAGAGAGAACAACACGGAGGCCAAGACUGAGAAGGGACUCAGAGCCACAGGAAACUCAAGAUACCAGAACUGCAACCCCAAGAACUAGGAGAUAGGGGCAGCAGGCGGGAACUUGCCUACUCGGUCUUUCCUCCCUCCAGGACCCUGGCAGGGCCUGUGGCCUGGCUGUACCCAGCAUGGCCAGUGUCCAGUUUAUGGCUCCCCUUCUUCUCCCUCCAGUGCAUGGGAAUGGGCUGGGAGCCAGAGGUUGUGGUCCCAUCUUCCCUCCUGACCCGUGACAGCCUUUGCCAGUAGGGCCUAUGGACAUUAGGGAGGGAGGCUCCACACAGGGUCCAAAGUCAAACCAUUGGAUGGAGUCCAGGGGAUUUCAGCUCUGGGAACAAAGCGUCCUGAGGAUGCUGGGCAAGGGGACAAGGAUGGGGGCGGGGGCAGAGGGCAGGGCCCUGACUCCCAUGGAUGAUGCAGGAGGCAAGUCCCUUGGCCCAUCCAGGAGGAGGCUGGGUUGUUUAGGGGUUAGCAUGCCAAAUGGCAGGGUGGGAGUUUCCUUGUCCCAGCACUGCCUCUAGACUUUUCCUCUCCAGCCCAAGUUCUUCCUCUUCAGUUACCUCUGCCUGCUGUCUUGAAUAUCAUCUGUGAUGACCCUCUCUGAUGAGUGGUAUGAAGGUGGAAAUGAAAAAUUCUGCUUUGCUAGGGUUAGCAGGAAUCACUCUUGGUUCACUGGACCAAGGCCAGUGAGAUGGUCUUGCCUGAGAAGGGGUAUAAAGGAUACUCAGGUGUUCCUUCCCUCCCUGUUAGACCCCUCUGCUUUGGCAGUGACCCCUCCCCAGCCCUGCUCAGACUCCCACCAGGCCUCAUUACCUCCUGCUGAGGUCCCUGCUAUCCUAGGAGGAGGUGGAAGGUAAGGCCAGUUUGGCCAGAGGCUUGGGCUGGUCCCAGGGAAAGCCUGCUUGUCCCUCUGCGGUGUCUGGGGUGGCUGGGAAGGCGAGGGAAGGGAUGAGAGGAAGUCCUGUCUGCAGUGCCGCCCCAGCCCACAGGAACGCUCACCUCCCAGCCCGUGUCCUCAGUGACCCUCACUGCAUUCCCACUCAGCUGACAGCCUGUCCUUCUCUCCUCUACAGCUGGGCACUCAGGACAGUCUCUCCACGAGAGGAGACAUCACGGGCGUCCACCACCACCCCUCCCCAGCCAUUCUGGAACGUGGUCUGCCCACCACCAGAGCUCCCGCCUGCCAGGACUGGACCAGAGCAGCCAGGCGGGUCCCUCUGCCUCCACCCUCAGACCCUUGACUGACUGAAAGAGGGCUAGAGGAUGCCCCCCACGCUGCCACUAUUUAUUGUGGGCCCUGGUGGCCCCCAUGCGCUUGAGGAAGGCUGGCAAGCCCGGCUCAGGACCCUCUCCCUUCAGGGGCUGCACCGUGGAAGAGUGAUUCCAAUGUGAUCCAGGAGUGGAAGAGCCCUGCACCCAGAGGGCCCGCCUGGUGCCACGGGAUCCCAGCUCGGACAGGCAGGGACCUGUCUCCAGAGAGAGGAGCCUGGGAUUUGCAGGGCGGGACAGCGUCGGCCUGAUUUCCCGUAAAGGCGUGCGUGCAGCCCAAGAGAUGAGAAGAGGACGCCUUUGGGCCUCGAUCUGCACUGACAGCGGGAAGGAGGUCUACACCCUCUACUCACCUAAGUGCCCUCUGCCGGUUACCAGACCUGCCUGACCUGCCCAUGAUGCCAAGGGGAGGACCGAGCUCUGGCCUCCGCCCCUUUCCCUCCAGCCCUUGCCAGAGCUUCUCUGAGAGCUCCCCUCGUGAAGGAAGCCAUUGCACUGUGAACACUGAACCUGCCUGCUGAACAGCCCGCCCCGUCCAUGCCGAGAACGAACAUCCGUCUGUCCGCCUGCCCUCCAGGCUCUCCCCAGCUUCCGGCACCGAGCUGGCCUCACCACCGGUCGACUGAGGGAACCCUCAGCCCUGACCUUCUCCUGACCCGGCCUUUGACUCCCCUCCCCGGGGUGGAGCAGGGUGGGAAAACUGCCCAGGCUGCCAGCCAGAGCCGGUCUUUAGGCUGUGUUGUUCGCCCAGGUUUCUGCAUCUUGCACUUUGACAUUCCCAGGAGGGAAGAACUAGUCGGGACACGGGGAGGGGAGGGCAGAGGCAAGAGGCUGCACGAUGAGUUCUGACUGCAAAUGGGUCUUGAAAUAUGGGUAUGCCCCUGAGGUUAGGGAGGUCUCUGCAUCCCAGCCCCCCAGCCCAGUCUCCUUUCCCUGCUGCCAGCAGGCCCCGGGGGCUGAGCAGGUUGUCCCUGUCAGGAGCCUUGGGCUGGGCUGCACCCCAGCCCACCUGCAAGGCACCCAACUCCCAUCCUCUUUUUGGCCUUCUUUCUCCCUCAGCCCUCCCCAUCCCCCAGGACCACCUCCUCCCACCAGGCACACCGGGUGGGAGAGCCACCAAGGGGUCCAGGCUUCGGCUUCCAACUGCGCUGAGGGCCCCCACUUCCUGGGCCAGCCCUUGGCCAUGGCUCUGAGGCCUGGGCAACAGGUGACAGGGCUGUCAGUUGCCUCUUGCCCCUUUGUGCUGCUGUGUCCCUCCUGUCCUCCCUCCCUGGGCCCUCCGCUGAAAGACCCUGCCCCAGCUGGCCACUGGGCCCAUGACCUUUUCAUCUCCUGCCCAAGAAGGUGAGGAUCCGCCAGCCCCACCUUCCCUGUCCUGAUGCUGGCAGCUCAGGGAAAGGGCAGUGAGACUUUCAUGUGGGGCUCAUCUUUCUAGUCACAGACUAUAUUUGAUGCUAGAAAACACAUAUUUGAAAAUGGAAGAAAAAAAAAAAACAACAAAAAAGGCAUUCCUCCCCAACCCCUCUACC